AUGAACUUUAUAUAUUUCCACUGUUUUAUACUAUUUAUUUCAUUACACGGUGUAAUAUCGAAUCGCCGCAAUGUACUAGAUUCGCGAGUAUGUUUUGCCGAUGGCUUCAGUUUCGGCGUCGCUACCGCAUCAUACCAGAUUGAAGGCGCCUGGAAUGUGUCAGGUAAAGGCGAGGGUAUAUGGGAUAGAUAUACCCAUGCACACCCAGAAAUUGUUAUCGACCGCUCGAACGGUGACGUGGCUGAUGGUUCCUACUACAAGGUGAAGAAAGAUGUCGCGUUAUUGGUGGAGUUGGGGGUCAGCUUCUACCGGUUCUCAAUUGCCUGGUCACGGAUUUUACCCAAUGGGUUGAGCAAUUACGUGAACGAGGAUGGCAUCAGAUACUACAAGGAGUUACUCGCUGAACUCCGUCGUAACCAUAUUACUCCUGUAGUCACCAUGUAUCACUUUGAUCUGCCACAAAAUCUACAGGAACUCGGCGGGUGGACAAAUCCUAUUAUGGCUGAGUACUUCGUCGAUUAUGCUAGAGUGCUUCUAGACAUUUUUGGCGAUGAAGUAAGAAUCUGGUUGACAUUCAACGAGCCAUACACCUUCUGUGAAGAUGGAUACGGUGGUAUAGAAGCUCCGGGAGCGAAUUCCAGUGGCUUCGAAGACUACAUGUGUGGCCAUAAUGUACUCCGAGCUCAUGGCAUGGUGUACCGCAUGUUUGACAAGGAAUAUCGGAAGAAAAUGGAGGUCAUAUGGGUAUAACAUUGGAUUUCUCGUGGUUGGAGCCAGCUACGACAUCUGAAGAAGACCAGCAAGCUGCAGAAACUGCCAGACAAUUUUACUUUGGUUGGUUCGCGCACCCAAUAUUCUCAAAAUCUGGAGACUAUCCGCCUAUAAUGAGAAGCAUGAUUGACGCGAAUUCCAAGCGGCAAGGGUUCUAUCACUCAAGACUGCCUUAUUUUACUCCUGAAGAGGUGAAGAUGAUACGAGGGGCUUACGACUUCUUGGGCUUGAACCACUACACCACGUAUUUGAUAAAACAUGGCUCUCGAGGCUUGGUGUACAAACCUCAUUCGUAGACGAUAUGAACGUAAUUAAAUACCAGAAAGAUGAAUGGCCUAAAACCAAUUCCUCGUGGUUGAAGGUUGUACCAUGGGGCUUCAGGAAAGCUUUGAACUGGGUGCGACUAAAUAUAGAAACCCAAAGACUUUAAUAACUGAGAAUGGUGUGGCGUUCGAGCGAGGCCUUCGUGAUACAAAGCGAGUUAACUAUAUCGAUAGUUAUCUCCGUGCCUUGCAUACUGCCAUAUAUCAAGAUGGAUGUUUAGUUAUUGGUUAUGCUUACUGGAGUUUCCUGGAUAAUUUCGAGUGGACUAGAGGAUUUUCGGAACGUUUUGGCCUGUUUGAAGUGGAUUACCAUUCUCCCAACCUGACUAGGACACCUCGACUCUCAGCGAAAUAUUUCACCAAUGUGGCAAAGACUGGUUGUCUACCUAACAACUUUGCUGAUUAUACUUAUAACACAGAUUAA